AUGGCAGCUGCUUUUACGAAGAAAGAUACAAGUUUUGCAAACCAGAAUGUCGAAACAGCCGUGCCACAUCUGCCACUCGACGCAGUUGGGCGACGAGGCAACGAGAGCUCGAUAAACAAACGGCUGAUAGAGUACUUCACACCUCGUCUGACGCAUGAUACGGAUUGGCAAGUCCUGGCUUCUCAGUCGAUCAACAGCACACUGAAGUUGGAGACCACCGCUUGCGACCCUGUAACUGCGCGCCUGGCGGAUCAAAACGAUGUCUCAUUGUACUUUCACCUGUUCUUCCAGACGCGCAAUCCGCAUAUAGGGCUUCUAGACCCAGAUCUACAUACCCCCAAAUACGUCCGUCACGCAUCCUUUACCCUCUUUUCCGUCAUUUGCGCUCUGGGAUGUGCUAUUUCGACACGUCCACGGGAUAGAAUCCUGUACCCAACUCUACUCUCCCUGGCAGAAGCGAAUCUCGCGUGGUCUAUCGCGGUGCCAGCUGUACAACUUGCCAAAGAACUCGGAAUCAACAAGCCCUCCACUAUUGUUGAGCUUGUCAAAGCUUUGGCCCCCGACGACACUGUUGAGAUGAGAGAGCGAUUCUCACGCAAUCUUGAAAGAACCUGGCUAUACGUGUUCAUAGCUGACAAGAGCUUCGGUAUCGUCAUGGGCCGCUCCCCGAUUGUGGCUUGGAAAGAGCUCCCGCCUUGUCCAUGUCAGUGGUGGCGAAAGUCGAUGACAACAUCUCUUGAUCGUAUGAUUAGUGGUAUCAUUGAGAUUAGGGUUCAGUUGCUGGAGUCCUUAAAGCAGUUGGAGCGUAUGAAGAAGACCACUGCGUCUAUCUCGAAUUGGCAUGCAAAGAACUAUGAUGUUCUUGAUCGAACGUGCAAAAUCAGGUGCUACGAAAAUGACGGGUCGUCCACACCGACGUUGCCUAUCCUAGCUUUCUACAUGAAACACAGUCUCAUGAUUCUCAACGCGCAGGCUGCAAGGGAGUUAAAGAGACUCGGGGGGGCAAUAGCCUCGACUAUUGCCUCGGUCGAUAGCAAGGCGUUUGAAACCGCACAUCAACUUCUAGAUCUGGUUUUACAUGAUCAAACGGUCAUCGACAUUGGAUUGGGGUGGCACAACAACCAGUUUGUAAUGGUUGCCCACGCCAUGACUGAGAUUGCCCAAGCUUUGAGUCGAGGAAGUCUAUCUUCUGUAGACCACGGAGCUGCGGCAUCCCAGAUCCGGGCCAUCUCUACAUGGCUUGAAGAGAAAGCGCAGUCGCUUCCAGCUACAUCUAUAGCUAGUCUCUACUCCGGUUUCUCUCAAAUACUGGUUUCCGAGCUAGAUGGAGAGACCAGCAACGACACGCAGAGAAGGCAAAAUCACACUUCUUACGAGACUCCAGACAGUUUCAUGACCGACUGGUCACGGGCUGUUGACGUCACCUCUCUGAACCCAAUGGAUUGGCUUGAUAUGAGUUUCCUAGGGAACGAAGACUCGUUUGUUGGCCUCGAGAAUGUGGACUUCAACGACCUCGACGAUGAUGGUGCUCUCCGGUUCCCAUGA